AUGACUGCAAACAUUUUUACCCUGUCCAUAAAGGGGCAUAAUAUAAAGAAAACAAAGCCUUUGAGGAUGAAAGAGGAAGCCCCGGGGACCGCCUUGAAGCCGCUGGUGUUCCGGGUGGAUGAGAGCACACCCCGGGUUGUACAGAGUGUCCUCCUUGAGCGUGGGUGGGACAAGUUUGACGAGCAGCGUCAGGAUGUGGAGGACUGGAACCUCUACUGGAGGUCGUCCUCCUUCCGCAUGGCGGAGCACGUCAAUGUCAAGCCCUGGCAGAGGCUCAACCAUCACCCAGGGACAACCACCCUCACCAGAAAGGACUGCCUGGCCAAGCACCUGGCGCACAUGAGGAGGCUCUACGGCGAGGCCCUCUACGAGUUCACACCCCUGACGUUCAUCAUGCCCAACGACUACACCAAGUUUGUAGCCGAGUACUUCAAGGAGAAGCAGGUUCUGGGCACCAAGCCAAGCUACUGGAUCUGCAAGCCGGCAGAGCUGUCUCGAGGGAGGGGGAUAGUCAUUUUCAGCGACAUUCGAGAUCUCAUCUUCAAGGGCACGUCAUACGUGGUGCAGAAAUACAUCUGCAACCCUUUCCUCGUGGGCAGGUACAAGUGUGACCUCCGCAUCUAUGUCUGCGUCACCGGCUUCAGGCCUUUGACCAUUUACAUGUACCAGGAAGGGUUAGUGCGGUUCGCCACCGAGAAGUUCGACCUCAGUAACUUGCAGGACUAUUACGCCCACCUGACCAACAGCAGCAUCAACAAGUCUGGGGUCUCAUACCAGAAGAUCAAGGAGGUGGUGGGCCAGGGCUGCAAGUGGACCCUCAGCAGGUUCUUCUCGUACCUUCGGAACUGGGAUGUGGACGACCUGUUACUGAGGCAGAAGAUCAACCGCAUGGUGAUCCUCACGGUCCUGGCUGUGGCUCCGUCAGUGCCCGUCGCCAGCAACUGCUUCGAACUUUUUGGAUUUGACAUCCUUAUUGACGAGAACCUGAAGCCGUGGCUUCUAGAAGUCAACUACAGCCCUGCUUUGACCUUGGACUGUUCCACAGAUGUCUCUGUGAAGAGGAACCUUGUCCAUGACAUUAUUGAGCUGAUUUACUUAAAUGGCCUGAGGAGCGAGGAGGAAAAGUGCAGCGUGGCUUCUUUAGGGAGCGCCAAGGUCUCCCUGGGGGGCUGUCAGCGCGAGCUCCGCACAGCCCCUAACUCCCCUCCCUACAUUUCUCUCAUACACUCCCCUCCCUACAUGUCUCUCAUACAGUUUGCAAGCAGGAGAAGCAGUAAAAGCAGCCCAGCUGUCCAGAGAGCACACGUGCGUGUGUGGCCCAAGCACACACGGACCUCCAAGCUCAGAGAGAUGAUGAACAGGCAGGACUUGCUUCUGACGAGAGAGGCAGCCAAGAGCAAGCCGAAGCUCAAGGCUUGGCGGACGCCUCACAAGGUGUUAGCACAGUCAGAGCCCCACAAGACGAAGAGGCCUGGGCCCGCGGGCGUCCUCCCAGACGCGGGGCAUGCACCAAAUGACCACGCAGGCAAUUUUGUUCUCAUUUUUCCUUUCAAUGAGGCUACUUUCGGGGCCUCCAGGAACGGAUUAAAUGUCAAAAGAAUAAUUCAAGAGCUCCAGAAAUUAAUGAAUAAACAACUCUCAAGUGAUAAAAGCUAA